AUGCCUGCCCCGAGGACUGAGAAAGAGAUCAGGGGAUUCCUAGGCAGAUUGCAGUACAUCAGUUGUUUCAUUGCUAGACUAACAGACAUUUGUGAGCCUAUCUUCCGCCUUCUGAGGAAGAAUCAGCCUACAGUUUGGAGUGAUGAUUGUCAGCGCGCUUUUGAGAGGAUUAAGGAGUGUCUCCUUUCUCCUCCGGUUUUAGUACCUCCCACACCGGGGCGUCCUUUGCUUCUGCACUUAUCAGUUUCACACAUGGCCUUAGGAUGCAUGUUAGCUCAGCUUGAUGAUUUGGGAAAGGAGCGUGCCAUCUAUUAUUUGAGUAAGAGGAUGCUUAAGUAUGAGUGCAAGUACAUUAUGAUUGAGCGCCUUUGCUUGGCAUUGGUUUGGGUCAUUAGGAGACUUAAACAUUACAUGAUAGAGUAUUCCGUGCUCUUGGUCUCACGAUUGGACCCGUUGAGGUAUCUAUUUGACAGGCCUGUUCUGACGGGUAGGCUCAUGAGAUGGCUGGUAUUGUUAACAGAGUUUGAUAUUCAUUAUGUCACACAGAAGUCAGUAAAAGGAAGCAUUGUUGCAGAUCAUCUAGCUUCUUUGUCGAUAUCCAAUGACAGAUCGGUUGAUGAUGAUUUCCAUGAUGAGCAGAUUGUUUCAAUGACUAGUAUUACGAGAUGGCGGUUGUACUUUGAUGGUGUCGCCAAUCAGUCGGGGUUUGGCAUUGGUAUCUUGUUAAUAUCACCACAAAGUGAUCAUAUCCCCAGAUUAGUCCGGUUAGCAUUUUCCGAUCUUCACCGGUUGACGAAUAAUAUUGUGGAGUAUAAGGCUUGCAUUACAGGUUUGGAGACUGCACUUGAUCUUGGCAUUAGACAGUAUAUACAUCUACCCAGGGCGGAGAAUCAGUUUGCCGAUGCAUUAACCACCUUGGCUUCUAUGAUUGUCAUCCCCACGGGGGUGAUUGUUAGGCCAUUGCUGAUUGAAACAAGGUCUGCACCAGCUUAUUAUUGUCUGAUUGGAGAGAUAGAGGAUCAGAUUGAGUUGCCAUGGUAUCACGAUAUUUAUCAGUUUCUGUCAUGCGACACUUACCCAGAGUCAACCUCGGCCAAGGAUAGGAGAGCAUUGAGACAGUUGGCCACCAGAUUUGUUAUUUACGGGGAUGCACUGCUGCUGUCGCAUAAGAGAGUGAUCAAAAUAUGCCUUGACAUGAAAUGCUCGCGAUCGGCAAUUGGAGUUGCCCUCAAUGGGCAAGCUGGGUCUAGGGCGCCUGGCGGAAGGAGGCUGAGACUGUGA